UCGAUACCCGGAAGUCGAAAUUAACACUGAGAUUCUCAAGUCAGAUAAUGGCCCUCCAUUUAAUGGUGAAGAGUUUGAGAACUUUGCCAACCACCACGGUUUUAAGCACCGUAAGAUAACCCCAUACUGGCCAAGAGCCAACGGCGAAGCUGAACGCUUCAUGAAAACUAUUGAGAAAGCAAUUCGAGCUGCCACUGUUGAAGGUCGGAACUGGAAACAAGCCAUGUAUACCUUCCUUCGCCAGUAUCGUGCCACACCACAUAGCACCAUCUCCGUAUCCCCCAGCGAAGCACUAAAUAACCGAAAGCUAAAAACUCACCUUCCAGAUUCCCCAUCAACCACAAGCAACUCCGAGAAAGAUGAGGAGAUACGUAGUCGAGACGAAAAGAACAAAUCAACCAUGAAAUCAUACAGCGACAAACGAAAUCGUGCCAAGCCAAACAACAUCACCCUCGGCGACACUGUCCUCCUGCGACGACCGAAAUUGAAUAAACUGUCCACACCAUUUGACCCUGAGCCAUUCCGCGUUGUACCAGUUAAGAACUCGAUGAUCACCGCAAGAAACAGGCUCAGAACAGUAACGCGCAAUUCCUCCUUCUUUAA